GUCACGUGACCCACGCCUCUUUGGAAUGGAUGGAGAUGGAUCUCCACGUCAGCUUACGUCUCAGAAUUUCUGCUCUGUGGAUCAGCUUCAAAGUGGUAGGAGCAGCAGCCUUGUAGAACCAUGCUAAGGAGUGCUAUAGAGACGAACCCCACAUAGAGCAAUUAUGGAUUUUGACGAGCGGGUCCCAGUUGGGUCGAAUAUGUAUUUGCCCAGUUGCACGUACUAUGUUUCGGGAGCGGACUUUUCAAGCCUGCCUCCUUUCUUACCCCAGACCCCGUCUUCUCGCCCCGUGUCUUACUCGUACUCCUCGAACCUGCCGCAGGUUCAGCCCGUGAGAGAGGUAACUUUCAGGGACUAUGCCGCGAUUGACGCGUCCAGUAAAUGGCACCACAGGGGGAACCUCACCCACUGUUACCCCGCAGAGGAGAUUGUGCACAGGGAUUGUUUGCCCGCCCCGACCACCAUGGGGGAAAUGUUCGGGAAAAACAGCUCCGCCGUCUACCAUUCAAGCAGCUCCGGUUCCGCGUCCAACUUCUACGGAAACGUGGGCAGAAACGGAGUGCUGCCGCAGGCGUUCGACCAGUUUUUCGAGACCGCGUACGGCAGCACGGAGAAUCCAGCCCACGACUGCCCAGGCGGGGAGAAAAGCUCCAGCAAAGCGCACGCCGCACCGGCCAGCGAGCUGUGUCGGGACACCGAGGGGCAAGAAGGACGGGAGGAGAGCAGCAGCCCCGAGUCCUCUUCCGGCAACAAUGAGGAGAAAUCUCAGAGCGGCAGUGGACAGAGAACUCGCAAAAAGAGGUGUCCUUACACAAAAUACCAGAUCAGGGAAUUGGAGAGAGAGUUUUUUUUCAGCGUGUACAUCAACAAAGAGAAGCGUCUUCAGCUCUCGAGGAUGCUCAACCUAACCGACCGCCAAGUGAAAAUAUGGUUUCAGAACAGAAGGAUGAAAGAAAAGAAACUGAACAGGGAUCGUCUACAGUACUACACCACGAAUCCUUUGCUAUAGGAUUGUGUUGCUCUAGACUUAUUUUCACCUCUUAUUGUUGCAACAGCAACGCCGAAGCUGGACUUUCUUCUGCAUUCUGCUAAAAAGUGUAUAAUAAGGAAAACAACCUGACUUCAGUUGUAUAUUAUGUAUGAGAAAACACGGGACCCUGAACUUCAUUUCUGUUCCAUGUUCUGUACACUGUUGUAUUUUUGUCGGACCUCACGACGCCACGCACCAUUUUCAG